UCAAGGUGACGUGGUUGGAUUAAUGUGUAGCUGGCAAGUUCCGAUGUUUUGGUCCCUUGCGUCGCGAUCUAUGGUCACUUGAUUCACUUUGUUUUAAAUUUUUGUUAUUAGCUUUUCGAAAUGUCUUCUGCUGAUUGUAGUCGCAGCUAUAAUCAGCUCAACAAAUUCGAGAAACUGUCGGGGAGGCCUCCCACCAGAGACUCAGGCUCUAAGAAGAGAAUUAGAUGGCUUCAGGCUCGGCGGAUCUUCUCCCCUUCGUGCCCCAACCUCCGCAUCCCCAAUAGGUUUCUGAGAGAAGGUGACUGUGCCCCCCCAGCCCGCAGUGGACACCGGUGUGUGGCAGACAGUGCCAACCUUUAUGUAUUUGGGGGGUAUAAUCCAGACUUUGAGGAGGCCGGGGGCUCUGAGAAUGAGGACUACCCUCUGUUCAGGGAGCUGUGGAGGUUCCACUUUGCCACGGCUACCUGGCAACAGGUCCCCACAGAGGGCUACAUGCCCACCGAGCUGGCCUCCAUGUCAGCUGUGUUACACGGCAACAAUCUGUUGGUGUUCGGGGGCACGGGGAUUCCUUUCGGAGAAAGCAACGGGAAUGACGUCCAUGUCUGCAAUGUUCACUACAAACGUUGGAAUCUGCUCAACUGCAGGGGGAAGAAGCCAAACCGUAUCUAUGGGCAGGCGAUGGUCAUCAUUAAUGGAUAUUUGUAUGUGUUUGGAGGGACUACUGGCUACGUUUACAGCACAGACCUGCACAGGCUGGACCUGACUACCAGGGAGUGGACCCACCUCAAGCCAAACAAUCCCCCCACAGACCUCCCAGAGGAGCGGUACAGACAUGAGCUGGCCCAUGAUGGACAGAGAAUCUACAUCCUAGGAGGUGGAACCUCCUGGACAUCAUAUCCUCUAGACAAGAUACAUGCCUACAACCUAGAGACUAACUCUUGGGAGGAGAUUCUUACAAAACCUCAUCCGAAAAUAGGGUAUCCUGCAGCACGGCGAUGUCACAGCUGUGUCCAGGUCAGGCAGGAGGUGUUUUUAUGUGGGGGUUACAACGGGGAGCUGAUCUUAGCUGACCUGUGGAAGAUCAACCUGCAGACCUUCCAGUGGACCAAGUUACCUGCUGUCAUGCCAGAACCGGUUUAUUUCCACUGUGCUGCAGUCACACCGGCCGGCUGUAUGUAUGUGCAUGGCGGGGUGGUGAAUAUGUCCGAUAACAGGAGGACGGGGUCUCUAUACAAGGUGUGGCUGGUGGUGCCCAGCCUGCUGGAGCUGACCUGGGAGAGGCUGCUGAAGGCCUUCCCUCAACUGUCCCAGCUCUCCCCACUACAGCUACUCAGCCUGGGCCUCACACACACCCUAAUCCAACGCCUCAAGUAGAUGCCAGGGACUCAGUGCCCCCUGCAGGACAGAGGUGAAUAGCCACAAAUGGUGGAUGGAACCCAGUUGAGUCCCUUUGCUGUCACCAGUGAGCAGAGAGACUGAGUAGCCAACAGAGAUGUUUGUACAGUGUCAACGCAGUGCACCCUCAACGACAGAAACACUGGAUGCCUUUUUUCAGGAGUUCUUUCCAAAGUGCAACAGUUUGAAAUGCCAGACGGAAUUUUACUUUUAAAUUGGUGUGUGUUAGUGCUACGUUCUGGUGUACUUCAAGAUGGGUUUGCGUUCAACUUUCAGGAGCCAUGGCUUGACCAGGCAACAGUGGUGAUGAGAUUUGGAGCGCACUGCUGUUUAUAUAUUUAUAUGUUUGCAGCUGACAACACUCAAACCAUUCACUUCAGUAGUGUUUCAGAGCCCUCAAACACCACUUGUUUCCUUCACUUUGCCCAGUUCUCUCUCUGUCACACACACACACACACACAGUUGCUGGAGACCGACUGACAUGAUGUCUUGUGGUUGUAUCUCUGUCUACUGUGACUCACUAGGCUGCCAGUAGGACUGCCUUAAUAAGGCUCAUUUAGCAGGCUGGUGGGGCAAGGCACUCAUUUAGGCCAGACAGGAAACAUUUUGUUCUGCAAUGGUAACCUCUUCAGCCAGUUUGACAAGUGAGCCUUCAAUGACCUCACUGUGAUUCUCUAGUGCCUCACACACACACACACACAGCUGUUUGGAACUACUGUAGCUCAAAAGAUAAACCAAGAACAGGCCAUUUCUUUAAUUCAGUGCCUUUUUUAUUGAUCAAAUGUCACAAAUUGCAUUAUGUUGACUUAUCUGCUUUUUACCAAGCUUUUAAAUUCUGCCCCUGAACUGAAGUAGAAUUUUUAACUUCACUCCUACUCACAGCAAAGGAACACUAGCGUUCAAAGACGUUCUUUACUGUUUGAAAUGUUUUUGGACUUGAAUCCGGAUUUAAAAAUGUUGUUUAAUCACAGUCAACACCAUAACCAAUAUCAUACAUAAAAAUAAUAAAAACAAACCAGAUUAAUGCCUAAAAACAAGUCCUGUCAAACAGAUAAUUAUUUAUGUCCUUUAACCAAGCUUUUAAUGUGCCCAUGAACUGAAGUAGCAUUUUAACCUUUCUCCUAGUUACAGCAAAUAUGGACAUGUUGUUAUAGCCCUCUACCUGUUUCAUUGUUCCCAAUGCCUUUCCAAUCAUAUCCACUGACUAGCUUAUUUGAGGUUAUUCUUCUUCUGUCCACAGACUCGUGGUCCAUCUAUUCUAUUAUGGUCUCUUUGUUUCAGGGGCUGAGAAUUUAUAUUUAAGUAAUUUAGUAGACGCUCUUAUCCACAGUGAGGAUAUAGAUUUUCAUACUGGCCCCUUGUGGAAAUCAAAACCACAAUUCUGAGGUAUCAUGCACCCUGCAUUUACCAAGCGAACUACACAGGACCAAGUCUACCACACAGUGGAGCCUUUUGGAUUUGGUUGGAUUUAUUUUUUUCUCAUUUGAGUGCAAUUAUGUUCUUUAAUUAUGUUAACCAGUGUCUUCAGGUCAUUUUCAAAUUAAACCAAACUGGAGAUAUUUGGUACAAAAAAACAAUGAAACACAACUGCCUUUCACUUUUCAACUAUGUUGAGUUCACUGUUUUUAUCUUCCACCCUCGUCUUGUCGGAUUGAAUGUAACACGUUGUCGCUUUUAUUCACGCACUGCGAUCCUCGGACAUGGCCUUUAGAAAUGACAACGCCUUUAACCUUCUUUCAGAUCCAAUCCAGGCCUAGGUUUACGUUCUGAACUGUUGGUUCCACCCACCCAACUCUUAUGGUUACGAGAGGUGUCAAGAUGUAGUGGCGUGAGGUAGAUUCUUUUUUUUUAACUGAAAAUGGUGUCUUUGCUAUAACUGUAUUUUUUUCUUUAGAAACUCGAGAUGCUGCAUCCAGAAUUUGUUGUCUUUGGAAAUGUAAUGAAGUGAUGGAUUUUCUAACUAUUUGCAUGAAGUCACUUUAGACAUGCUGUACUGAAUGUGGAUAGAGCGGCUGAACCAGACUGCACCAAUAAAGGAAAUCACAGUAGGUCAUAA